GGUUACGUAUGCCGGGAGCGAUAAUAUUAGUGGGUGGGCAGCCGCGCGCCCCGGUGGCUGGAGACGCGGGUGUGAUCACAGCAAGUGUAAGUACAGAUAGGGCUAGCUGAUGUUGCUUCACAGGCGAGAGCGGGUCUGCCCGUGCACGCAGCGGCGCCAUUUUCGCUGUCUCACAACACUUCCCGGUUUCUGCAAUAGCAGGUACGGCGACACGGCGGGCGCAACGCACGGCCGGGGCCCAGGCCUGCGCGCAUCGGGGUUCUCGCGAAGUUCCUCCCCUCCGCCUCACGUCAUCCGUGUCCGCGCCCGACCGCUGGGGACCCGGCUUCGCGUCUUCCCCGCCUUCUUUUCGCCCGCGCGGGCGGACAGCGCGCACCCGUCACGAUCCACGAUCCGCCCUUCACCUCCUCGCCCUGUCGCCCAUCGUCUCUGCGCGUCCGCGUUCGCGCAUCGGCUUCCGUGCGAGCGUUAUCAGCAUAGACUCGAGAUCCAAGCAGAUGGACGACGAGGGGCGCUUCGGUCCAGAGCUCGUCCUCCCCCCAAUCCCAAUCCGCCGUGCCCACGCCGCCCUGCGUCCUACGUCCGCCCCCAGCGCAGAGUCCGCCCGUUCGCGUCCGCUGGCCUCUCGUGACGGCCGCGCGGCAGCUAAGCCGCUCCCAGAAAUGUCAAACGCCGCUGUCCAGCUGCGUGCCCGAGCAGGCGGCGCUUCUCCCGCAACCGCGCCCCCAAGAAACGCCGGACGCCCGACGUGCGAUCGCGCCGCCGUCGCGAACAGGCCCAAUGUCGCUGCGCGCGCAUGACGACGUCGAGACCCGCACGGGCAGCAGUAGUGCACAGCACAUUGCAGACGAUCGCGAUGUGAUGGCGAUGGCCCCGCACGACACGCCCAGCAGGUCCCGGCCGCAACGGGCAGCGGGGAUCCUGCGUAGAGUUCUCAAGUCGCCGAGCGCGUGCUUCUGGUGGCGUCAGCGGACGGGGCGGGCGGGCGGCAGGAGCCAAUGGCAGGGCCAACGCGCUGGGGCUGGGGAGGGGCAGCCCUGCACGCACGCGCGGGGGGCUCUGGCCCGCGGGCGCAGAUCGCGCGGGGUGCGCACUGGGCGAAGAAGCUUCAGAGAAUCAGCCUCAGCGCGCGCACGCGCACGGUGCGCUCCCAGGCGUGCCCGCGCCCAUUGAGUACGCGCGGGGGCAGUGGCGGCAGCUGACUGGGCUUAUUUCGUCGGCCUCCCACGUCAGGCCCACCCGCAUGACUUGCGGCGCUGGUUUGGGUUGGCGGACGCGGCACAGUGCGCCGGGACAGGAUCGACGGAUUGGGGUGCGAUCGCAGCGAUAAUAGUGGCUGCUCGAGCUUGUUUCGGCGGCGGGCAUGGGUGGGAGAGCGCAGGGUACACAUGUCGGGGUGGUUGGGACAGGCCAACUGGUCGGGAGCGAUGGAGAGGUUAUGAUCAAAGAGCUGCUGGAUGCCGGGGUGGCAGACAUGCGGGCGCUGCUUCUGUGACGAUGGCGUAGCGUUCGGGCUGACGUGCGAGGUGGU